AUGAAAGAUUUUAACGUUAAGCCCGAUACUUAUACUUUCCCUUCUGUGAUUAAUGCUUGUGCAGCAUUAGGGGAUUUUGAGAUUGGUAAUGUUGUCCAGAAUCAUGUUUUGGAAAUAGGUUUUGGAUUUGAUUUGUAUAUUGGAAAUGCUUUAGUGGAUAUGUAUUCUAGGUUUGGUGAUUUGGUUAAAGCACGUAACGUGUUUGAGGAAAUGACCCAGAGAGACAUUGUGUCAUGGAAUAGCUUGAUUUCAGGCUAUAGUGCUAAUGGGUAUUGGGAGGAAGCUUUAGAAAUUUAUUACGAGUUAAGAAUAGCUGGGUUGAAACCUGACAAUUUUACUCUAUCAAGUGUCUUGCCUGCUUGUGGUGGCUUGCUUGCUGUUAAAGAGGGUGAAGUAAUUCAUGGGUUGGUGGAAAAGCUUGGUAUGAAUAUUGUUUUAUAAUGAGCAAUGGACUUCUGUCUAUGUAUUUCAAAUUUGGUAGGUUAAUGGAUGCUCAAAGGGUUUUCAACAAGAUGGUUGUUAAGGACUAUAUUAGCUGGAACACUUCAAUUUGUGGAUAUUGUUAAAUGGAGUUCUUUGAAGAGUCAAUCCAGUUAUUUAGGGAGAUGGUAAAGAGGUUUAGACCAGAUUUGUUGACUAUCACAUCUGUUCUUCGCGCUUGUGUUCUUUCAAGGGACUUGGAAUUUUGGAAAUUUGUUCAUGAUUAUAUACUAAGAAGUGGUAUUGAAUUUGAUGUAACAGCAAGUAAUAUAGUUAUUAAUACAUAUGCAAAAUGUGGCGAUUUACUAGCCUCGAGAAAAGCAUUUGACAGAAUGAAAUGUACGGAUUCUGUGUCAUGGAAUACGUUGAUUAAUGGUUAUAUUCAGAGCAGAAGCUAUGGUGAAGGAGUGAAACUCUUCAAAAAAAUGAAGAUGGACUUGAAACCAGAUUCUAUAACCUUUAUGACAUUGUUAUCCAUCUCUACUCGAUUAGCAGACACUGAACUAAGAAAAGAAAUCCAUUGUGACUUGGCUAAAUUAGGAUUUGAUUCAGAUUUGGUUGUCAGUAGUGCUUUAGUUGAUAUGUAUUCUAAAUGUGGAAACAUAAAAGACUCCCUUAAAGUUUUUGAGAACAUGAAAUUUCGUAACAUAGUAACAUGGAAUACCAUUAUUGCA